AUGGCAGCUUCCCUACGGGGGAGACACAACACCGGAGCUUCGGAUAUUGAUGAUCGAAGAAGAAAACUCAGGAAUGCAGGGUCGGGAGGAUUCGCUCUGUUUGUUGCAAAUCCCCCUUUCGACUGUAACCAUGAAGAUACCUACAAAUUCUUUCAACGAUAUGGGAAGGUAUUAGAUGUACACAUUCCAUGCUUCCCAAACUCGUCUCGUCCCAGGGUUUUCGCAUUUGUGAGGUUUCAGUAUGAGGAAGAAGGUAGAGCAGCAAUGGGUGUGUUGAAUGGCCGUAAGAUGGAUGGCAGAUCCGUCCGGGUGGAGAUUGCUAGAAAGAGGGUAAACCCGCCCGACAUCCUUGUCCCCAAAACCGGUCCUCGCCCUUCCAACCCUUUGGCCCAUAUACCCCACCCUAGAUCUAAUCCGAGACCUGCGUAUCCUGCAAACCCCAUCUCCAAACAAUCCCGCCCCUCCUUCGCAGAAGCCACUAAAUAUCCUUCCUCAGCCCCUAACCCACUCCCUAAGUAUCCCAAUCCCCCUGAAGAUUACAUAACCAACGCAGAUAAGCAGGCCGUUAAGACCAAGCUAACCCAACUCAAAUUUGCUCUUGUCGGAAAAGCCUUAUCUAACAUGAUCUCGAUUAUCUAG